AUGCUGCAGCAUAAAAUAUUCUUAAAUGGACAUUAUUUAUUUAAAAACAAAUCACAUGAUCGAAUAUCAUUCAUUCUUCGUCGUUUAGUUUCACAUGAACAACAUGAAUCACCUACAGUUCCACAUGAUACUCAUCCAAUACCAGUUUUACCAUUGACAAAACAAAUACCAUCAUCAUGUCAUAUUCUUAUUGCUGGUGGAGGAAUUAUUGGACAAUCAGUUGCUUAUCAUCUAAGUGAAAUUGGCGUUAAAGAUGUGGUAUUAAUUGAAAAAUCAAAAUUAGCAUCGGGUGCUACAUGGCAAAGUUCAGGACAAGGAUUGCAUUUACAGGAUACAUUAAUUCAAACACAUUUGACGAAAUAUUCUAGACAGUUAUAUGAAAAAUUACAUAAAGAAGGACAUAAUAUUGGUUUCAUUGAAAAAGGUAGUGUAUGGGUAGCACAAACAUCUGAUCGUUUACAUACAUUAAAACGACAAUAUGCAAUUAUAAAAUCUUUGGGAAUUAAUUGUGACAUAUUAAAUGUAGAAAAAAUCAAAGAGAAAAUUCCUAUCAUUGAUCCACAUGAAAUUUGGGGUGGUCUUUGGAUUGAGAAUGAUUUUAUGGUUGAUCCUGUACCACUUGCUUUAACAUUCGCUAAAUUAGCAAUUGAUAAUGGAGUGAAAAUAAUUGAAGACUGUUCUGCUAAAGAAAUUCGAACAGAAAAACAACGCGCUGGACAAUAUGAUCGUGUAACGAGCGUUGUUACAUCUCAAGGAGAUGUUAAAUGUGAUGUUUUUAUCAAUUGUACAGGAUUGUGGGCCCGAGAGCUUGGAUAUCGAUCUUCACCAGGUGUACGUAUUCCAACACAAGCAUGCGAAUACAUAUGUUUAAAAACAAAACCAAUACCAAAUUUUCCAAAGGAUAUACCCAUCGUUCAUAAUCCAGAUCAACGUUUUUAUAUUCAACCAUUAGUUGAUCGUAGUGUAUUAAUUGGUGGUUUUCUUCGUGAAUCAAAACCUAUUUUUUCAAAUGGUGUUCCUGAAACAUUCAAUUAUACGCUUCUACCUGAUAAUUGGGAUGAUUUUCAUUGGAUAUUAAAUAAUGCUAUUAAACGACUUCCAAUAUUAGGAGAAAGUGAAUAUGAAACGUUGAUAACAGGUGCUGAUAGUUUUACACCUGAUGGCCGAUUAAUUAUGAAUGAAUCUGCUGAAAUUGAUAAUUACUUUGUUGCAUCAGGUGCUAAUGGAAAUGGUAUUGCAGUUGCUGGUGGAAUUGGAAAAUAUAUUGCAGAAUUAAUACAUACAGGAAAUACAGAUUUAAGUACAUGGCCAAUAGAUAUACGUCGUUUUAUGCGUUUACAUACAAAUAAACGAUUUUUAAAAGAUCGUUUACGUGAAAUUCCUGGCAAACAAUAUUCAUUGAAAUAUCCAACUUAUGGUAUGUCAUUAUAUCGAACAGGAAGAAAACUACGUGUUUCACCAUUACAUCCAAAAUUACAAGCAGCUGGUGCUGUAUUUGGUGAAGUACUUGGAUAUGAACGUCCAUUAUUUUUUAAUUUAGAUGAAUUUGAAAAAAGAGAAAAUCAGGAUGAUUUAAGUAAACAAGGUACAUUUGGUAAAGCACGUUGGUUUAAUAUUGUUAAACGUGAAUAUAAUGCUUGUCGAAAAGGUGUUGCAGUUAUUGAUAUGACAUCAUUUACAAAAUAUGAACUUAAAUCAGCUAAUCGAAGUGUUGUGGAUUUUCUUCAAAAGCUUUGUUCGAAUAAUAUUGAUAAACCUAUUGGUACUGUUAUGCAUACCGGUAUGUUAAAUGAACAAGGUGGUUAUGAAAAUGAUUGUUCUGUUAUACGUCUUGAUGAAUUUCAUUUUAUGCUCAUAAGUCCAACAUCUCAAUCAACACGAAGCAUGAAAUGGUUAAAAUCUCAUGUGCCUGAAGAUGGUUCAGUUUUUCUAUCGGAUGUUACAUCACUUUAUACAGCAUUGAAUCUUAUUGGACCAAAAGCAAAAUAUUUAUUAUCUGAAUUAAGUGAUGAAAAUUUUAAUGAUUUUGCACGAAUGACGUGUAAAGAAAUUGAUGUUGGCUUUGUCAGUCAUAUUUAUGCUAUGAGAUUAACACAUACUGGUGAAGAUGGUUUUAUGCUUUAUAUUCCGUCCGAAUAUGCAUUAUGUGUGUACGAACAAUUGAUGGAACAAGGAAAAGAUUAUGGAAUAAUUAAUGCUGGUUAUUUUGCUCAACGAACUCUUCGAAUAGAACGAAUGUAUGCAUUUUGGGGACAAGAUAUCGAUAAAAAGACAACACCCUUUGAUUUAAAUCGUGAAUUUCGUGUUUCAUUUGAUAAAGAAUUUGUUGGUAAAGCAGCUUUGAUAAAACAAAAAAGUGAUGGUAUACAAAAGAGAUUUAUACAAUUUCUUCUUGAAGAUCAUGAUAUAGAUCGUGAUCCAUGGCCAUGGAGUGGUGAACCUAUUUAUCGUAAUGGUGAAUUUUGUGGUUAUGUUACUUCGACAGCUUAUGGUUUUACACUUGGAAAACAAGUAUGUUUGGGUUAUGUUCAUGCACAAAAUGGUGAAAAAAUCACAACGAAUUAUAUACGCGGAGCAACAUAUGAAAUUGACAUAGCAACAAAACGUUUUAAAGCACGUCCUAAUCUUUAUCAACCUUCUGAAAUGGGUCCAACAGUUCAGCUUAGCACACCCUAG